AUGCACACACAACCCAAAGGCAGCAAGCCAGGACCAGUUGAACCUCCCUUCCACGGCGCGAGCGCGAGCAUCACUGCAACCGAUCCCAUUGCACCUGCUGCUCAGGACAACCAAGUCCCAACAUGCGAUCCGUCUGAGCAGACCCUCGCCAGCGAGAAGGAAUGGACCAAGGACGACGACGACGAGAAGAAGACGCGCCCCGCCCCGCUGUAUGAAGAUGAUGGCGAUGCCGAACGCGCCGCUCGUUCGUCUUCUGAUUCUUCGAGCACUUCGUCCCGGCCCUCGGAUGAGGUUAUUUAUCCUGAGGGCGGCACCGAGGCCUGGCUGGUAGUGCUGGGAUCCUUCUCUGGCAUGGUAGCCUCCUUUGGAAUGAUGAAUUCGGUUGGCAUCUUUCAAGCCUACCUGGCCACGCACCAGCUGUCUCACUACGACGAGAGCACCAUUGGCUGGAUCUUCUCCGUUUACACCUUCCUCUCCUUCUUCUGUGGCAUCCAGAUCGGCCCCAUCUUCGACGCCUAUGGUCCGCGUCUCCUGGUGCUCGCGGGCAACAUCCUGCUCAUCGCGUCGAUGCUCCUGCUCGGCGUGUGCAAAGAGUACUACCAAUUCCUCCUUGUCUUUGGCGUCCUCGGCGGCAUCGGCACCUCCCUCAUCUUCACGCCAGCAAUCAGCAGCAUUGGACACUACUUCCAAGUGAAGCGAGGCGCAGCCACCGGCGUUGCCGCUGCCGGCGGUAGUAUCGGAGGCAUCAUCUUUCCCCUGAUGCUCCAAUCGCUCUUCCCCAAAGUCGGCUUCGGCUGGGCCACGCGCAUCCUCGGCUUCAUCUUCAUCUUCCUGUGCGGCGUGGCGCAGCUCUGCAUCAAGUCGCGCCUCCCGCCCAAGCCCGGGUCGUCGGUGAUGCCCGACUUCCGCAUCUUCAAGGACGUCAGCUUCGCGCUGACGACGGCCGGCGUCUUCUUCAUGGAGUGGGGGCUCUUCGUGCCCAUCACGUACACGACGUCGUUCGCCCUGUCGUCGGGCGCCAUCGACCAGACGUUCGCGUACCAGCUGAUCGCCGUGCUCAACGCCGGCAGCAGCAUCGGCCGCUGGGCCCCGGGCUACGUCGCCGACCGCUUCGGCCGCUUCAACUGCAUGGUCGCCACCCUGACCUUCUGCUUCGCCACCACCCUCGCCCUGUGGCUGCCCGCCACCAUCCUGACGCCCGUGCCCGACUUCUCGUCCGAUUCGGCCACCGUGAAGGGCCUGACCAUCGCCUUCGCCUUCUUGUUCGGCCUCGCUAGCGGGAGCAACAUCUCGCUGACGCCCGUCUGCGUCGGCCAGCUGUGCGACACGUCGCAGUACGGCCGGUAUUACGCCACCUGCUACACCAUCGUUAGCUUUGGCACCCUCACCGGUAUCCCCAUCGCUGGCGCUUUGCUGCAGACAUCCAACGAUCGCUACUGGGGUGUCGCCAUCUUCACCAUCGUGACGUAUGCGCUGUCCGUCGCCUGCUACGUCACGGCGAGAGUCCUGAAGGUGGGGUGGAGUUUGAGCGCGAAGUUCUAA